GUCAUGAUGAUGAUGAACCGAUCUGCACUUCCGUCUUCCUCAUUAUCCGUCGAGGCGUCCCAAUUUUGGGCGCCGUCCUUCAAUCGACGUCUACUAUAUCGUGGAUACAAGAACUUCGACCUCGAAGGCACAUCGUGACUAUCCAAAUACCAAGUCUGCAGAACGUCCUGUCUAGUGCACAACGACGUCCCGCACGCACCAUUGCGCCGCGGAUUACAAGGCUCAGCAGCGAUGUCCGCUCUCAUUCCGGAUGAGUGGCGCACGAGGCCGGAGACCGCAAGCCACCAUCGAGCGGCGUCAUUGCGGCGCAGGGGGACGAUGCUUAUAAGUACUCGCUCCCCCAAUAAGCGCUUGCCUUUUCUUCUUCCUGCCAUCCUACAGCGACCUCUCCGCGCACAACGAUGACGGACAUCUUCACGCAGUUCAAGUCCUCGCGGCGCAGUAUGCCUGAGCGCGCACAGAAGGACUUCACGAUGGAGUCUUCCAAGGACAUCGUCGGGUCUUAUCUGCUGGACCCCGCCAUUGACAAGUAUUCAAGCGCUCCCUUGACGACGCACGAGAUGCUCGCGCUGCAGACGACAGGAAAGGCGAAGAUAGAUGUCAUUGCACAAGUAGAAGGAUCUCUUAGACAAGAUAUUGAGUUGGCGUCGAUGUACUUGUGCUCUGAGUACGGCUCGAUACAGCUGCGUCUGCGCCUUCCAAAUGCAUAUGAACGCGUGCCACUCUCGCUCAGGAUGGAGACCUCGAACGGUCGCGAAAUCGUCCUUUUCCUCCCACGGACUUUCCACGGCCGGUUGCACAUCAAGCAACGCUGCACGGAAGGCCAUACUUCUGUGCCCAAAGUGUUCAAGGCAAAAGACGCGCCCAUGAUCUCUAAGGAGGUCAUGGACGCAUCGCUGUCCAUUCAAGCCUCUGACUACGAGGUCUUAUGCGACAUCCGCCCUUCAGGACGUCGCCAGGUGCUGGGGAAGGACGCAGCUGAAGUCAUCGCGCGGCUGGGUCGUGUGCAUGUCAAGUUCGAGUCGGAAUCAUGGAAGGGUGCUCGGGCGUUGCGUCGCGAGUCAGUCAGUUGGAAGUCGGGGAAGAAGGAGCGAGUUGAGUGCCAGACGCAAUGAUUUGUACACGUCUAUCGCCUUCGGGAGGCCUAGACAUCACAGUCUCCCAUAAGCAGCAUUGCAUAGUUCUCGCGGCAGCAAGGCGAUGGAGUCGGCCAGUGUCGUUUGGGCUGGCGUGUUUCGAUCGUUUUUCUACUGUUUUUGUGACAGCGUCUUACUGCCCUGCGGUCACUGCUUACCUACUUGACAUUGUACUCUUUCGUUAACUACCAACGGCGUCAUAUCGAUGAACUUUCUCGGUUGUAGGCCAUGGGAAGCCUCAACCGAACUAGCGAGGGUAUCUUGGCGUCCUGCGUAGUAUAGCCACCUCGCACGGCCUUGUUAGUUUAUGGAGCGCGGACGUAGCAUGAUGCAUCGUACCUCCCGCUUGCCUCCCGCUCGCCUACUGUAGCUGUUGUCAAUGGUACCUAGUGAUUCC